UCGCGCUCAAGUCGGACGAGGAGCUGUACGCCUGGAUGGACGACAUCUACGCCCGCUCGCCCCUCAUCGGCGUCUCGAGUCCGACCAACUUCGUCCACCAGGUCCACGUCGGCUUCGACCCGGUCUCGGGCGCGUUCACCGGCCUCCCCGAGCAGUGGACUCGGCUCCUCACGAGCAGCGCCAUCACCAAGGAGGACUACGCCAAGAACCCGCAAGCCGUUCUCGACGUCCUCGAGUUCUACACGGACAUCCAGAAGCGCGAGCGCGACGAGUACGGCCUCGGCGCGACGAGCAUGGGCAUGACGGACGUCAGCGCAGGUCAUGGCCAAGCUCCGGAGCGUGUGCUCGCCUCAAGACCCGAACGGCAUUUACUCCAAGAUCAAGAAGGUCGGCCAGGGCGCGUCGGGCUCGGUCUUUGUCGCCAAGGUCCUCGCCGACGGCGCCAAGGUCGCGAUCAAGCAGAUGGACCUGAGCCACCAGCCCCGCAAGGAGCUCAUCGUCAACGAGAUCCUCGUCAUGAAGGAGAGCCACCACCCGAACAUCGUCAACUUCCUCGACUCGUUCCUCGUCGCCGGCACCGAGCUCUGGGUCGUCAUGGAGUACAUGGAGGGCGGCGCCCUGACCGACAUCAUCGACAGCAACACGCUCGAGGAGGACCAGAUCUCGUGCAUCUCGAACGAGACCUGUCGAGGCCUUGAGCACCUGCACGCCCAGAGCAUCAUCCACCGCGACAUCAAGAGCGACAACGUCCUGCUCGACGCGCAAGGUCACGUCAAAAUCACCGACUUUGGCUUCUGCGCCAAGCUCACCGACCAGAAGUCGAAGCGCGCGACGAUGGUCGGCACCCCGUACUGGAUGGCGCCCGAGGUCGUCAAGCAGAAGGAGUACGGCGCCAAGGUCGACAUCUGGUCGCUCGGCAUCAUGGCCAUCGAGAUGAUCGAGAACGAGCCGCCGUACCUCGACGAGGAGCCGCUCAAGGCGCUCUACCUCAUCGCGACCAACGGCACGCCGACGCUCAAGAAGCCCGAGAAGCUGAGCAAGGAGCUCAAGAACUUUCUCGCCGUGUGCCUGUGCGUGGACGUCAAGUCUCGCGCAACCGCCGACGAGCUGCUUCAGCACGAGUUUCUCAAGAAGGCGUGCCCCUUGUCCGGCCUGUCGCCGUUGUUGCGCUUUCGGGCUGGCUCCCGUUGAGGCGCUUUGUGUACGGCACUGCGCGCGCUCUCGCUCUGCAAGGCCUUUUCGUCUGUCAAGCCGG